AUGUACCCGCAUCACAAAAUCAAUAACCCAGAUCAGUAUGAUAAGUUUGUGAACGCCGAAAUCCCAAACAUACAAACGCAUCCCCAGUUGCAUGAACUUGUCGUAAAACACAUGAUUCAUGGCCCUUGUGGCACCCUGCGAAUCAACAGCCCCUGUAUGCAAGGGGAUCCUAAAAAGUGUCGUUUUCAUUAUCCAAGACAAUUUAAUGACCGCACAACACAAGGAGAGGAUGCAUAUCCACUCUACAGAAGGCGCAACAACGGGAUAAAAGUCGACGUACGAGCCAACACUCUAGAUAACAGAUGGGUUGUUCCGUACAACCCAAAGUUACUUAUGAUGUUCAACUGCCAUAUUAAUCUCGAGAUAUGCUCCAGUGUUAAAUCCGUCAAAUAUCUCUUCAAAUACAUUUACAAGGGUCAUGAUAAACAAGUCAUCCAUAUAGAUCCGGAUGGCGAGGACGUUGUUAUCAACGAAAUAAAACGAUUCCAGGAUGCACGCUAUGUAUCGCCACCCGAGGCAAUGUGGCGGAUUUUUGCCUUCAACCUUUCUCAGAUCUACCCGACUGUUUUAGCAUUACAACUUCACCUCCCUAAAAAUCACACAGUUACAUUUACAGACACCGCCAUAAUCUCUGAAAUAAUACACCGGGAAAGGGAUAAACAUACAAUGCUCACUGCUUUUUUUGAGAAAAAUAGACAGGAACCAGCAGCCCGACAGUAUUUGUACAAAGACUUCCCAGCAAAGUACACGUGGAAUAAAGCCAGCUGCCGUUGGAAUUCCCGUUUGAUAAAAAGGCAACAGAGAGGUCGAAUUGUUUCCGCAAAUCCAUCUGAAGGAGAACGGUACUACUUACGACUUCUUUUGACACACAUCCGGGGGCCUACUUCGUUUGAACACCUUCGCACUGUACAAGGUGUGGAACACCCUACUUUCCGUAAAGCGGCUUUAGAAAACGGGUUAAUUGAAAACGACAACAACUUAUCACUAUGUCUCGAUGAAGCCACCAUAUUUCAAUUCCCAAAUGCCCUUCGGAGGUUAUUUGCAACCAUAUUGGUCUUCUGUGAACCAGGCGAUGUUCGCAAGCUAUGGGAUGACCAUUUUGACACACUUUCAGAAGACUAUCAAAACCUUUCCAGUAGCAACAAUCACAUCCAAAAUCUGGUCUUACAGGAUCUUAGUUCACACCUACAAUCUAUGGGUAAAGAUUUGGCCGACUAUGACCUCCCAACCAUAGAAAAUGAACACACGCCACUAGACGUAACAGAUCGUGACACACAAGAGGAGUUAAACAUAGUUAUUGACCCGGCCCACUUACAUGCGUAA